AUGUCUUCAGCAUUCAGCGGCGAUGAAACUGCUCCCUUCUUCNUUGCAGCACUGACUAUACCGUUUCCCAGAUGUAGACCUCCGAUCAAUAAUUUAGCUGCCCCAUUUGUAGCUAAUGCACAGCAGCCAAAACUAUUCGUGGGAAUGAUCCUCAUUCUCAUCUUUGCUGAAGCUCUUGCCUUGUAUGGCCUUAUUGUUGGCAUCAUCUUGUCUUCACGAGCUGGCCAGUCCAGAGCAGAGUAAAGAUGUGCUGUUUACUAGGUUUUUCUUUGUAUUCAGUUAUGUUAUCUGCUGGGAGAAAACCCUAAAGGAAUGCUGGAAAAUAUUGUAUUCUUGGCGGGGUAAAACAGUCCUUUAAGGUUUUCCUUGUACUUCCCACGAAACUAAUUACCCGUGAACAUUGAUUUUAUGAUGGUCAGUGCUGUGUUUGUAGAGAGUAGGAUUGAGUUUGUGACAAUAAAAAGCUUGUAAAGCUAUCUAUUGGGCUCUUAUCGAUGAUGUAUUUUGCAGUCAUUACUUUAAAUGUUGCUAUCCUGGAGUUAUCAUGAUGUUUUGUAUACAUUUUCAGUGGGUAAUUUGAGUUGCAAUGAUAAGAAUGUAAUGUAUGUGUGUAACCACUUUGUUAGAUAAAUUUCCAG